AGAAAAGAGAGAUUGGAGAAUAAACAAGAAGAGAUGAGGAUAGGAAUGCUGUUCCUGCUGUUUCUGUGACGGUGGGCUAGCUGUGAGAGUGCUCGCGUGGCUUGCCAUCUCUCUCGCUAAGUCUGCUUUGCACACACAAUUUUUCUUUUCCUCAGAUCCAUCAGGAAUUCUUCCUCUCAUUUUCUUUCAAGCUCCCUCAUGCCCUCUCUCUCUAUGCUACCCUGACUACUGCAGUAGUCCACCAGCCAGCAUCAAGUCUGACAGCCCUACACAUGGCUAACUGCCACAACUUACUACCUCAGCCCUGGAGAAAGAAAUAUUGACGCAAGCAGAGGGAGACUACAGGAGACAGAGCAGGGGACAAAACAAAGACCGGAGAAAAGAAUUCCCAACAUCUCUCGUGGUUUAAGGAAGCAGAUACGGAAACCAAUUCCACUGUUAUCCUCUCAGCGUCAUCUUUUCCUGUCUCUCUUUUUGCAGAAGAGGACAAGAGUGUUUUUCUGUCCCUCUCUUCUCUCUCUCUUCUCCGUCAGCCUUUUGCAAAGCUCCGACAGUGCAGCGUACCCCCCCCCACCUCCACUGAACGCCACCAUCUCUCCCACCACCCUCUACCCCCCUCCCCCCAGGAAUAGACGGAUUACUGCUAACUGUGCACACGGCAGCAUGCAGCUGCUCUGACCGGGGCCAGCCCAAUGUUAGGAGGAGGCAAGAGGAACGCAGAGGAUGGGCGAAAAGCGUGAUGACUGUGCCGGGAGUUCUUUAGUCUUUUUUUGUCUCCCAGUCUCUGUCACAACAGGGCUAAUAAGCAACCGAAAGCCCUUGGCAAAGUCACAGUAAGGAAGCUCUCUCACCCAAACAGGAAAGCAACAAACGAGCCAACACAUGCACCAGGAGCUGACAGAGAAUGGGAUUUUUUUUUUCUUUAAUUUAGUCUGUUCUUUUCUCAUCCUUUGUGGCAAUCAGCUACGUAAUGGAUUAUUGUGAUUUAUCCACUGCAUGUUGGAAUCUGCAUCCUGGUAUGAGGGGAGUCGGAAGAAGAAAGCAUUCAAGCACCUGCUAAGAUUUCAUGGCCUUACCUUUUGCGUUAAGUAUUUUCUAAGCUUAUUUAUGUUUUUAAUUUUAGAAGCCAUUUAAUGUCAACGGCUAUUAGAGUCACUUCACUUUUUUUAAGACAAGGACAAGAAAGCUUUUUCCUUCUGUUAUUUCAUGGGAAGGAUUUAUCAGUGAAUGUCAUGCACAGUUUGCUUUUAACUUUUGGGAGAAAAAGGAGCACCUUUAAACUAAUGAGCAUCUUCGUGCACUGUCGAUGGAAACUGGGAGCCUUGGGCUUCUCCAGCCAGGCUAGGGUGGUCUUUCCUUCGGUGUGUCCCAUCUCCCCCCACCAUGCAGAAUAAUGAGCCCUUCACACCAUGAGUCCGUUGGCCCAGGUUAAUGUGCAGUCUACCUGGAACACAGCCCUGCUCGCCGUGCUUUCCCUAAUGGUACCUGCUCUCAGUAUGUGCCAGUCCACAGGCCCCGACUUAGGCUCAUCAAUCCCACAGAACUGUCCAGGUGUGUGCUCGUGCACUAACCAGCUCAGCAAGGUGGUGUGCACACGCAGGGGUCUAAUCAGGGUUCCUCCGAACAUCCCAGCCAACACCAGGUACCUGAAUCUGAUGGAGAACAGCAUAGAGACUAUACAAGCUGAUACCUUUAGACAUUUGCAUCAUCUGGAGGUGUUACAGCUGGGAAGAAAUGCAAUCAGGCAAAUUGAAGUAGGGGCUUUUAAUGGUUUGACCAGCCUCAACACCCUGGAGUUGUUUGACAACAGACUAACAGUCAUACCAAGUGGAGCAUUUGAGUAUCUUUCAAAGUUGAGAGAACUGUGGCUCAGAAACAACCCAAUUGAAAGCAUUCCCUCUUAUGCCUUUAACCGAGUUCCUUCACUCAUGAGACUAGACCUUGGAGAGCUAAGGAAACUGGAGUACAUCUCUGAAGGGGCUUUUGAGGGCCUUCAUAACCUCAAGUACCUGAAUUUAGGGAUGUGCAGUCUGAGGGAGUUUCCUAAUUUGUCACCUCUCUUGGGAUUAGAAGAGUUGGAGAUUUCUGAAAAUGUUUUCCCAGAACUAAAGCCUGGGGCCUUUCUUGGGCUUAAGAAUUUACGCAAACUUUGGAUUAUGAACUCUGCCAUUACAAUCAUCGAGAGGAAUGCAUUUGAUGACAUCACUGCUUUGGUGGAGUUAAAUCUAGCCCAUAAUAAUUUAUCAUCCCUUCCCCAUAACCUGUUCACCCCUUUACAGUACCUGGUGGAGCUACAUUUACACCACAACCCUUGGCGCUGUGAUUGUGAUGUUGUUUGGCUCUCCUGGUGGCUCAGAGAAAAUAUUCCCACAAAUUCCACCUGUUGUGGACGCUGUCACACUCCAAUCCAAAUGAGGGGAAGAUACUUAGUGGAAGUUGAUCAAACAACAUUUCAGUGUUCAGCACCAGUAAUACUUGAUGCUCCAAGAGAUUUGAACAUUUCCGCUGCAAGGGUGGCAGAAAUGAAGUGUCGUACAGCAGCCAUGAGCUCUGUCCGAUGGCUUCUCCCAAAUGGGACUGUGUUAACCCAUGGUUCAGCUCACCCAAGGAUAUCUGUUCUCAACGAUGGAACUCUGAACUUUUCCAAUGUCUUUCUAUCUGACACAGGAAUUUACACUUGCAUGGUGAGCAACAUGGCAGGGAAUUCCAAUGCUUCUGCCUAUUUAAAUGUCAGUAAUGCUGAACUUAACACAUCUAACCUAUCCUACUUUUCAACUGUAACAGUGGAAGUGUUGGAACCUACAGCAGAGGAGACCCCUAAGCCCAAACCCACUUUACCUGCCUCACCCUCUGUUUUUCAACCUGUCUUUAUCUCAACACCAACUGUGCUGUUUCAAAAUACGCAAACUCCAAGGCAGGUUUCAGUCCCCACAGCCAGAAUCCCUAGUGGUCCACCUGCCAGUCUGGAUGAGAUGAUGAAAACUACAAAAAUCAUCAUUGGCUGUUUUGUAGCUGUUACCUUACUAGCAGCAGCCAUGUUGAUAGCAUUCUAUAAACUCCGUAAGAGGCAUCAGCAGAGAAGUACUGUGGCUGCAGCAAGGACCAUAGAAAUCAUACAAAUGGAGGAAGAGGUUCCACCUGUUCCUCCACCUACAUCUGGAUCUAGUGGUUCUGAUGACACAGGUUUGGUACUGCCAACUUUAGUGGAACACAACAGCAACACAUUUAAACCUGUGUAUGUCUCUUCCUCCUCUUCAUCCCGACAAGGGAGCUAUGGGGCCCACUGGACCCAAAACAACUCUCUCCAUCGCUCAGUCAGACAGCAUCACAGCCACAUCAGUAUUAUUGCUGAUCCCUAUGUCAUAAUGACCUCUCAUGGCAAAGAGAAAGUUCAGGAAACCCAAAUAUGAAUUUAACCUUCUGUAGAUGUACUUCUGACUCUGUCUAAAACUCUGCUCAUUAGUCCAUGCAAUGCACAAAGAGAAAAAUAUGAACUUUCUUUGUACAGAAGUGCAAAACAGACUUUGUUGUAUAUGGCUAUAAACACAUAUAAAUAUGAAAUAUAUAUAUGACUGAAGCCAGGCAGUGGUAAAAUGCAGAAUAUAAUAAAAAAGAAAGCAAAUUGAAACUAUUUUUUACUAUCUUGUGACUUAUAUUUCAAAAAAUUAAAUAAGUUGCUUUUUUGACUGAGACAAAAUGAUAUUGUCUAAUGAUACUAAAGAGACAGUUUGUUUUCAGCACAUUUUGGGAAAAGUAAACUCUCCUUUAAGGCACCACUUUCUAAAUGCAAAAUAAUAAAAAAAAAAAACAUUGUUUUUACUGUGCCAAAUAUAUCAUGCAAUAAAACAGAAUUCCAUGAAUUAAUUACACAUAACUUAACAUUUCUUAGAUAGCAGCAAAAUGGCACAGAUAAUUUGUUCUGAUCAGUAGCUAUCAGCCAAAUGCUUUUGGACUGCAGUUAAUAUCUGCAGCUAAGGUUUUAACUCUGUGUGUGCUGGUUUUGGUUGUAUUUCUAAUAGUGCCGAUGUUUUUUGUAGCACAUCUGAAAAUGUUUAUUUCAUGUGUACAUGAUUCCCCACAUGUUUGACUGGCAAAGUUGACAUUCAGCAUAACAACUGUUACAAAAAAAUGUAUUUUCUGUCAUCAGUUGCAAUUUGUAUUAUUUCCCUAGGUUUUUGAGAUGCUUCUUAUUGGCUUGUGUAGUGUUUAGGGCUAAUCUAGUAAUGCUUACAGCAGUUGCCUGACUCGUCUCUGCAAGGGCUCAUUCCAUAAGUAAUGUUUUGAAGGAAGUGACAUGAUGUGCAUUAAAAUGGGUCUGUUUGAUUAUUCUACUUUUAGGAUAGAAAAAAUGCAGAGGAUUUAAGUCAAAUAAAUGAAUGUCUGGAGCUUUUUCAUGGACUAAACUAAUAAAUUAUCUUAUUUUCUUUUACCCUUUAUUUUUAGCAACACUAUUUUUAUGGAACAACAAAGGGGGGCAUGGAAGUAGUAAAAAUAUUUUGUUUUUAUUUCUCUAACCUGAUAGACCUUCAUCUGAUGUUUUCCGUAUCUGAGUAUCUCUAUAUUUCUGUAAGUUGUUUAGUCUCAAAGGCCAAAGGCAGUAUUGUAAAUGGUACCUUUCCUACAUCCCAAUCGUCCUAUGCAUCUACUUAGUGUCUGCAUGAAUGGGGUUUUAAGUAAUUGGUGUACAAUGCUGCAUUAUACCCCACAGUGGGGCUCUAUGCAGGUCAAAUAGGCUAUUGGUCUUUGAUGCCUGAGCCUAGUUCUCAUCAUUAAUUUCUCUGAAGGAAAAAAAUACAUGCCUCACACAGUUCAACACAGUAUGUGUGUUCCUUUUCUUACAUGCUCAUCCUCAGAGCUGAUUGUUUUCUGAAUCUGAUAUUAAGAAGAGAACAAAAGGUGUCUGUUGUCUAUGAAAAAAUUUAUACAAAUGACAGUGCAACUUUGGCAAUAUGCAAUGCCACUUAAAAACAGCAAAGCAGUUUGUUUCUUUUUUUCAUCAGAUGUCAUAUGUGUCGGUGAAUUUCUAAGCAAUGAUCUUGAUGUCAUGCAGCUACAAGGAGGCCAGCUACCAUAACUGUGGCUUGCUUUUUGUAAUAAUUUAAAUGCCUCUUCUAUGAUGUUAAACUCAUGCCAUUUAUACAGUCACUCAGCAGUUCUCCUAUAUAUUGUAAUGAUUUUACACAUGCUAUUCAGAAAUGUAGGUUACAGGUCAUUUGAAAGUUUUAUAUUUGCAGUGUAAUUUUUCUAAUGCUAAACAAACUUGAUAUAAAGAGGAAAUUAAAAUAUGAUACCUGUGAUAACAAUAAAGCAUUUUAAAUUGACAGUGCCACCAAUAUUUAAUUUAAAUACUUUGCACUCCACAUGUUAUACCAACUGGUUUUAUUGUAUUACAGACAAAUUGAUGUUACCUUGUUAAGGAUGCAUAAAACACAUUUUGAAAAAAACAUACACACACAAAAAAAAACACUCUGUGACAUAAUCUUAAACUGAAUUUUAAAAAAUGAAACUUCAUUUUGAGUAUUUCUUAAAAUGUGUGAAAAAGAAUGAAGAAAAAGAUAUAUCUUGUAGACAAACUCACGCAUGACAAAAAUAUUUCUUCAUGUAAGGAAGUUGUUUUUUUCUGAAACAUUUAUUCCUUAAAUUGACCAAACAUUUUCUAUCACUAUCCUGCUAAAACAUCCUAUGAUAGCCACAUUACUUUAAUAGUCCUAUUUUUUGGGUAAAAUCCACUAUAUUUACAGUAUAAUUAAAUGUUUUUUUAUGAGACAUAAGUCACAGUAUUAUGCAUCAUUCACAAUGCUCUACAUUGGGCUUGCUAUCAGCAAAUGCGAACUUAUUCAAGUAAAGUUAGACAGUUAUUAUUUGCAGUGAAAAUAAAGAUUGGUGCCUUAAGCUUUACCCCUUAUGGCUAUGCUUGAGACUAUUAUUUUGAAGUAAUAAAGUGUUGUUGAAAAACUCAGCUUAUAAGCUGCUUUUGUGGAUUAAAGUGUUUGUAUGACAACAUUUAAAGGGAGCAGUAAAACGAAAGAAAAAAGAACCAGAGAGUCACACAACCUUAUUAAGAUCUUUUGCACAGAGGGAAAACUGUGACUGGCUUGCUAUUAGCUGUUAAGUUAGCAGCACCCAAAUGUGCUUUAAACACUCUUGAAAUCUGCUAAGCUAAUUCUGUUUGAAAAUUUUCCAUUUAUUGACUCCUGAAAAGCGUCAUA